UGGAGAUCCAUGUACAUCGAACUGGACAGGGGUUAUGUGCUCCAAUACAACAUUAGCCGAUGGCAAUCUACAUGUUCUACAAUUGCAACUGCUGAAUUUGAACCUGUCUGGAACUUUGGCACCAGAGAUCGGCAACUUGUCUUAUUUGGAAAUAGUGGACUUUAUGUGGAAUGACAUAACUGGGAGUAUACCAAAGGAGAUUGGCAAUAUCAAAACUCUGAAACUCUUACUCCUGAGUGGAAAUAAACUAACAAAUAAUCUGCCUGAAGAGCUUGGCCAUCUUCCAGUGCUGGAGAGAAUGCAAAUUGAUGAGAACAAUAUUACAGGACCCAUACCACUAUCAUUUGCAAACCUGAACAGCACACAACACUUCCACAUGAACAACAAUUCACUUAGUGGACAAAUCCCAUUACAGCUUUCAAAAUUAGGAAGCCUCAUUCACCUUCUUCUUGACAACAAUAAAUUGACAGGAAAUCUCCCAUCCGAGCUCUCUGAGAUGCCAAGCUUGACGAUACUUCAACUCGAUAACAAUAACUUCGAUGGAAGUAGCAUACCAGAAUCUUAUGCCAACAUGCCAAAAUUGUUGAAAUUGUAAGUGCAU